CGAAAAUUGUUAGCAUUUGCUGCUCCUUUGUUCUUCUGCAGCAUUAACAACAAUGUAUCGUGUGGCGGCUAACCUCGCUUCAAAAGCCAGGAUCGCUAGGAACAGUAGCCAACAGAUUGGUAGCAGGUUGAAUUGGAACAGAAACUAUGCGGCUAAGGAUAUUAAAUUUGGAGUCGAAGCUCGUGCUUUGAUGCUUAAAGGUGUUGAAGACCUUGCUGAUGCUGUUAGAGUAACCAUGGGCCCCAAGGGACGCAAUGUUGUAAUUGAACAAAGCUUUGGUGCCCCCAAAGUGACAAAAGAUGGUGUUACCGUAGCAAAGAGCAUUGAGUUCAAGGAUAGAGUUAAAAAUAUGGGUGCAAGCCUUGUGAAGCAGGUUGCCAAUGCAACAAAUGAUGUGGCAGGCGAUGGAACUACCUGUGCUACAGUCCUCACCCGUGCUAUAUUUGCUGAGGGCUGCAAAUCAGUUGCAGCUGGGAUGAAUGCAAUGGACCUGCGCCGUGGAAUAACAAUGGCAGUUGAUGCUGUUGUUACAAACCUGAAGAGCAGAGCAAGAAUGAUUAGCACAUCUGAAGAAAUUGCACAGGUUGGAACAAUUUCUGCAAAUGGAGAAAGAGAGAUUGGUGAGCUCAUAGCGAAAGCUAUGGAGAAAGUUGGCAAAGAGGGAGUCAUCACCAUAUCUGAUGGCAAGACACUAUAUAAUGAAUUGGAAGUUGUUGAGGGAAUGAAAUUGGACAGGGGUUAUAUAUCUCCAUAUUUCAUCACCAACCCGAAGACCCAAAAAUGCGAAUUAGAAGAUCCUCUUAUCUUAGUCCACGAGAAGAAAAUUUCAAGCAUAAAUGCUGUCGUUAAAGUAUUAGAGUUGGCUCUAAAGAGGCAAAGGCCUUUGUUGAUUGUUGCUGAAGACAUUGAAAGUGAUGCAUUGGCCACUCUCAUUUUAAAUAAGCUCCGUGCUGGAAUUAAGGUCUGUGCCAUUAAAGCUCCUGGUUUUGGAGAAAACAGGAAGGCCAACAUGCAAGAUCUUGCCACUCUCACUGGGGGUGAAAUCAUAACGGAAGAGCUUGGCAUGAACCUUGAAAAGGUAGACUUGGAUAUGCUUGGCACAUGCAAAAAGGUGACAAUAUCAAAGGAUGACACUGUAAUUCUGGAUGGGGCCGGUGACAAGAAAGCCAUUGAGGAAAGAUGUGACCAGCUGAGGUCUGGAAUUGAAUUGAGCACUUCUGACUAUGAUAAGGAGAAGUUGCAAGAAAGAUUGGCAAAGCUUUCUGGUGGUGUUGCAGUUUUGAAGGUAGGAGGUGCUAGCGAAGCUGAAGUUGGUGAGAAAAAGGAUAGAUUUACUGACGCACUAAAUGCCACCAAGGCUGCAGUGGAGGAGGGAAUUGUACCAGGUGGUGGUGUUGCACUUCUUUAUGCAUCUAAGGAACUAGAGACGUUGCAAACUGCUAACUUUGACCAGAAGAUUGGUGUUCAGAUUAUUCAGAAUGCCCUCAAGACACCUGUUCACACAAUUGCUGCCAAUGCUGGGGUUGAAGGGGCUGUGGUUGUCGGCAAGCUAUUGGAGCAGGAUAACCCUGAUCUUGGAUAUGAUGCGGCUAAAGGUGAAUAUGUGGACAUGGUAAAAGCUGGAAUCAUUGAUCCCUUGAAAGUUAUAAGAACAGCAUUGGUCGAUGCUGCCAGUGUCUCUUCAUUGAUGACUACCACUGAGGCUGUAGUGGUUGAACUUCCAAAGGAUGAGAAGGAGGUUCCUGCUAUGGGUGGUGGCAUGGGUGGCAUGGAUUAUUAACAUCCUUUGACACACGUUGUUUGGUGAUGAUACAUUCUUGUUCAAUGCCAUAAAAUUUGGGGAAAAAACAUUAAUGGUGGGUUCACUCUUCUCGGCAUUGGGCUGUUUCUCUCUGCACUUAACCCCAACUUGUGUUUGCUAGAUUUUUCUUUUUAGAGGCACAAACCUCAUGUAAUCAUAGCGAGAGGGAGGUCAAAUUGUAGGAAGUUUUGGAAUGAGGAUCUUUUUUUAUAUUGUAACAACACCUCUCGAUUUAUUCACA